AUGUCGGUCUUCAUUAUAAUCGUUGUCGUUUUUUAUUUAUUUUUUCUACCCCGAGUUGUUGUUGUUGUUGUUGUUUACUGCUUAAUUUUUUGACUAAUUUUUCACUUUUUUUUAAUUUUGACGUUUCAAUUUUCAUCGUUUGAAAAUUCUUCAUUUCAUUUUCUCCUCUUUAUUGAUGCAAUUUUAACCCGAAAAAUUUUUUUUUGUUUCACAUGGAACCAUUGAUUCAAGGGGGGUCUUGAUUGAGAUCAAAAUUCAUUUUCAACAGAAAAAAACAAACAAAAUACGUGAAAAAAUCAUUUUCCAGGAUCAACAUCAUUGAAUAAGCAAUAAUGGCCAGAAAAGUGGAUAAAACAAUUAAAUUAUGUGUAAUUUGUGAUGAUAAAGCUAAAGGUAUCAAUUUCAAUGUAUUGACUUGUAUGUCGUGUAAGGCAUUUUUUCGACGUAAUGCAUUACGUAAAAAAGAUAUGAAAUGUCCAUUCAAUGAUACCUGUCAAAUUGAUAAGAUAACUAGAAAAUUUUGUUCAAAAUGUCGAUUGAAAAAAUGUUUCGAAAGUGGUAUGAAAAAAGAAUGGAUAUUGAGCGAUGAAGAAAAACGAUUGAUUAAAGAGAAAAUUAUGCAGAAUAAAAUUCGUAAACAACAAUUGGAAUUGGAACGAAAACAACAAAAAGAUAAUAAUAAUAACAGUGUGGAUCAUCAUUAUGUAUCGAUGAAUAAGAAAACGAUGACAACACCAACAACAACAAAUGGUAAUCGUCGCCGUCGUAAUGGCUUAAUAAAAAAAGAAGAUAAUACCAAUGUUGUUGUUGUUGUUGAUAAUAAUAAUAAGAAUAUAUCGAUCGAUAAUUGUCAACAAUUGAAUAAUCAAAAAAAUUCCAACAAAUUCAAUCAUUAUUCGGGCCAUAAUAAUGAUAAUAAUGGUGGUGGUGGUGAUGUUUCAGCAAUUUUUAAUCAAAUAGUAACUGAUAGUCAUCAUCAUCAUCAUCAUCAUCAUUGUAAUAAUAAUCGUAAUGUUGAUAUAUAUGGAUCGAUUCUAGAAUCAUCAUCAUCAUUAUCAUCUUCAUCAUCAUCAUCAUCAUCAUUAUCAACAACAGCAACAAUGAAAUAUUCAUCACCAAUAUCAUCAUCACGUGAAUCAUCAUCAUCAUCAUCAUUAUCACCCGAUGUAUGUCGUAUGUUUACUGAACCACAUGCAUAUAGUUUAGAUACAUUAUUAACAGCCGAUGAAUCGGAUGUAUUUUUUGAUUCUUGUAUUGAUGGUAAUAAUAAUAAUCAGAAUAAUAUUGGAUAUGAUAAUCAACAAAAUCAUAUUUAUUCUUCAUAUAAUAAUGAAAAGAAUAAUUUUCAUAUAUUAUCAUCCCAUAGCAGCCACAGCAGCAACAACUAUCGAUGA